GGUUUUGUCGCAGAAGAAAAAUGCAUAUAGGAGCUCUCCGUCGACUCGUUCGUUAUUCAUGCCUUCCUCCGCUUUUUGGAAGAAACUUCCACACGCAACGCCAGCCACACAUCGACGCCCACCUCCCUGCCACCUUUUCUUCUCUCUGAUCCUUUCUAUAAAGCUACCCAACCCGCUAUUUCUCCGGUUCACAAGCGUCUCUCUUCCUGGAAGAAACCAAGAAGACCGAAAACAAGUGAGCAGAGACACGGAGAGAAGAGGUUUGAGCACCAUUUCCUCUGCAAUUCCGGCUUCAGCCAUGAAGCCAGCCAUCAUCUUCCUGUGCCUUCUCUUGUCCGUGUUGGACCACGGUUCAGCGCAGAGCUGCGUCGGCGAGACCUUAUCCGGUAACAAGCUCUACACCACCUGCAGCUCCCUCCCCUACCUCAGCGCCUCCCUCCACUGGAACUACCACCCUUCCAAUGGCACGGUCGACAUCGCCUACCGCGCGCAGCAGAGCUCCGACGGCUGGGUCGCGUGGGCCAUCAACCCGACCGGCUCCGGCAUGGCCGGAGCCAACGCCUUCCUGGCCUUCCCGGGCUCUAACGGCGCCGUGACCGUGUACACCACCCAGUUCUCUAGUACCAACCCCCGGACGAGCGAUGUCAAGGAUGAGAACUUGACAUUCACGGUGUACAGUAAGGAGGGCGAGUACUCCGAUGGGUAUUACACCAUUUACGCGACGCUGGAGCUACCAGGAAACGACACCAAACAGAACACGGUGUGGCAGGCGUCGACGACGUUCUCCGGCGGGGUUCCUUUCAAUCACCCUAAUGGUGAUAACUACCUAUCGCAGACCAGUCUUGAUUUCCUCUCCGGCACAGCGGUGUCCACCGGAGGGAACUCGAGGCUGCACCGGAGGAACAUACAUGGAGUGCUGAAUGCCAUCAGCUGGGGAGUUCUGAUGCCCAUCGGAAUCAUCAUAGCAAGGUACAUGAAGGUGUUCAAAUCAGCUGAUCCCGCUUGGUUCUACCUCCAUGUUGCUUGUCAAGUGUCGGGAUAUAUAAUUGGGGUCUCAGGAUGGGGUCUGGGCAUUAAGCUCGGCAAAGACUCUGCUGGAAUCACCUACCACAAACACAGGGACCUCGCAAUCGCCCUCUUCUGCCUGGCCACAGUUCAGGUGUUUGCAUUGUUUCUGAGGCCCAACAAGGAUCACAAGUACAGACUCUACUGGAAGAUCUACCACCUCGCAGUUGGGUACAGCAUCGUAAUCUUGAGUGUGGUGAACAUCUUCGAAGGUUUCGACAUCUUGGAUCCUGCUAAGAAGUGGAAGCGUGCUUACGUUGCCAUCAUCGUGACGCUGGGCGCCAUUGCACUGGUUCUGGAAGCCGUCACUUGGGCUAUAUAUCUGAAGAGAAGGCAGAGGGAAUCCGAGAAGUCUCACCACGGUGCCAAUGGUGCAAACGGGUACGGUGUCAGGGAACAUGAGAUGCUGUAGACGACAGCGAGAGACAUGUUAUUGCACAGAGAGGGGGUCACGAGGAGAUCUCGCUGUAGAGAGAGAGAGAGAGAGAGAGAUGCUGUUGGCAGAGUGAGCAGUAGUGUUUUGAUUUGGCACACAGAGAUGCGACUACCUCAGCCAUGCUUGUGAUUUCCUCUUGGAGGAGCUACAUGUCUUUCUCUUUCUUUUUGCUUCUUCAUUGUAUUGUAGUUUCUUAUUAUGUUUGUUUGAUGUGUUAUGUAGCUUCUUGAUUCUAUUUAUCAGUUAGUUCUUCUUCCAAUUCCAA